AUGGCAUUUGCCAACGGGACCACAGUCCAACACGGCCUCAUUGUUGGUGCCGAUGUCGGUUUAGCUGUGCGGAACAUCGGUCUUCAUCCAGAGAAGAAGCCUUCGGAUUCAAGCUGUCUACAUGCCUGCGUUCGCAGGGAGGAUGCCGUCCGAUACGGUCUGGUCGACUACAAGCAGAACAGUGCCCUGGAGUACUGGGGAGGUCAGGAAGAUAAAUGGGACAAGAUCGUGCUCUUCCCCUGCAACAGCGGUAAGCUCCUUUCAUACUACUGCUUCUUCCCGCGUGAGAAGGGCGACUUUACCAACCACACCUGGGACAGCGAAGAUCGUCCAGUCGAGGAGCUGCUGGCCCCAUACCCAGACCUUGAUCGCCGGGUUUUGUCACACCUGGCCAUUAGCAAGGAAAUUCGGCUGUGGCGUCUUGAGCCGUAUCCAUAUAUUACUCGCGACAUGGUCUGUCUUCUUGGAGAUGCUGCUCACCCAAUGAUGCCUCACCAAAGCCAAGGUGCCUGUAUGGCGAUUGAAGAUGCCGCCGCUUUGGGUAUUCUUUUCGGUAAAGACUAUUUCACUGGCGAUGUGGCGGAAGCGCUGGCGAUUUGCCAGCAAAUUCGAUUGCCACGGGUCACUAACAAUACAGAAUAUCCAGCAUAUCGAGUCCAGGAUGACAAAAGAAAGUUGACGAUUGAGGAUAUGAAUGCGUAUGACAUGUAUAAGGGCGUUGAGGAAGCUAUCGCAAAGCGCAAAGGAAAACCGUUCAAGGAGAAGUUUGUUCAAGGGCCCCGCAUGGGGUUAGCGCUGUAA